AUGGCAGAGAAGGAGGAGAAGGUGGGCGUAGGUCUUACCUCGACGGGACAGUUCGACCAGGACAUUUACAGCGCUGACAGUAGUGAUCGCUUUGCCGGUUAUAGCGCUACGCUUACAGAAGAAGGCGACGAGGACGAACAACAAGCGGAAGACCAUCACUCUCAUUCUUUAAAGAAGACGACAACGGUGCAGAAACAGGGCGACGAUGGCCUCAUUGAUGACAAUUAUGAUCCGUUUGCAGAGGCAAGUGAAGCUAAUGGCUCAGGGCUCGUAAACACGCGCAUUGUGGACCGAGAGAACGCGUACCGUAAGCGACGCUUCGAACGCAUGUUGUCGCCUGAACGUGGAGACGCUUUUGGAGACAAGACGCCAGCGCGGAGCUACAAGGAUAUUAUGCAGACGCAGCAGCUGGAGCAGGAGAGAGCGGAAGUGGUACGUAAGAUUCAACAGAAGAGAGAAGAGGAAGAAGAACAAAAGAAACAACAGGGACAGGAAGUGCAGGACAACGAUGCGACGCCCAAAAGACGACGGAAGAGAAUGAGAUGGGACCAGGAAGCUCCAGUGACUGAGAAGACGGAUGGAGAGAGCCAAUCGGAGUGGGAUACAGUGUCGGAGAGCUCAGCGAGCAGCGCUGCAGCUGCUACGCCUACACGAACGUCAUCGAGAUGGGAUGCCACUCCUGUGGCUGCUACACCAGGAAGGAAGAAUCGAUGGGACGAAACACCAGUUGCAAGCAAUGCAGCGUCGAAGUGGGACGCUACGCCUGUAAAUUUAGGUGGUGUGACUCCUGCAGGGACAGGAAAACGUUCGCGCUGGGAUGAGACGCCAGUGACUGGUCCAAAUGACAUGGCAACGUCUGGAAAAGGCGUACAGAUGACUCUUGGAGGCUCAAUGACUGAUAUCAUGAGUGGAGCAUUGACGCCGGAGCUGGUUCAGCGUAUGCGUUGGGAACGAGAGAUUGAGGAACGAAACCGCCCUUUGAUGAACGAGGAGUUGGAUGCGUUGUUUCCCACGACGGGAUAUAAGAUUCUUGACCCUCCUGCUUCCUAUGUGCCUAUUCGAACACCGUCGCGGAAGCUCCUUGCUACUCCGACACCGAUGGGCCAAACUCCGGGCUUUGCAAUGCAAGCGACGCCUGGGCGCCAGGAUUAUGGCGUACCGAUUGGUACCCCAUUGGGUGGUGAUGGUAGCUCCAUGCCGUUUGUUAAGCCAGAGGAUUAUCAGUACUUUGGCAAACUAAUGGAUGAAGUGAACGAAGAAGAAUUGGACCCUGAGGCGGCAAAGGAGCGUAAGAUUAUGCGCUUGCUGCUAAAAAUUAAGAACGGCACCCCGCCGCAGCGAAAAACUGCACUGCGACAGCUCACCGAUAAGGCGCGGGAGUUUGAAGCCGGAGCGCUUUUUAACCAGAUUUUGCCGUUACUCAUGGCGCCCACACUCGAAGACCAGGAACGCCACUUGUUGGUCAAAGUGAUCGAUCGUAUCCUAUACAAACUAGAUGACCUCGUCCGCCCUUAUGUUCACAAGAUUCUUGUAGUGAUUGAGCCACUGCUGAUAGACGAAGACUACUAUGCUCGUGUGGAAGGUCGCGAGAUCAUCUCGAAUCUUGCCAAGGCUGCUGGUCUCGCUACGAUGAUUUCUACCAUGCGCCCGGAUAUCGAUAUUGAUGAUGAAUAUGUUCGUAACACAACGGCGCGCGCCUUUGCUGUCGUUGCUUCGGCACUGGGUAUCCCAGCUCUGCUGCCAUUCCUUAAGGCUGUUUGCCAGUCGCGGAAGUCGUGGCAAGCUCGACACACAGGUAUUAAGAUUGUACAACAGGUCGCAAUCCUUAUGGGUUGCGCUGUGUUGCCGCACUUGAAGCACCUUGUAGAAAUCAUCGAGCAUGGGCUUGAGGACGAGCAAAAGGUUCGUACUAUUACGGCACUCGCCCUGGCUGCUCUUGCUGAGGCUGCGCAUCCAUACGGUAUUGAGUCGUUUGACUCCGUUCUACGGCCACUGUGGCGUGGUACCCGCAAACACCACGGCAAGGGCCUGGCGGCGUUUCUAAAAGCGAUUGGAUUCAUCAUUCCUCUCAUGGAUGCCCAGUAUGCGAAUUAUUACACAGUCGAGGUGAUGGAAAUUUUAAUUCGUGAGUUCCAAUCGCCCGAUGAAGAAAUGAAGAAAAUUGUGCUGAAGGUAGUGAAGCAGUGUGUUUCUACUGACGGUGUUGAAGCAUCUUAUGUUAAAGAGAAGAUUUUACCUGAAUUUUUCCGGCACUUCUGGGUUCGCCGUAUGGCGUUGGACCGACGAAACUACCGCCAACUGGUGGACACAACAGUGGAGCUUGCGAACAAUGUGGGUGCAAGUGAGAUAAUAUCGCGGGUAGUAGAUGACCUGAAGGAUGAAAGCGAGCCGUACCGUCGCAUGGUUAUGGAAGCGAUCCAAAAGGUCAUCUCGAACUUGGGUGCCACCGAUAUUGGAACGGACCUUGAGGAAAAACUGAUUGAUGGUAUCCUUUAUGCUUUCCAAGAACAAACGUCGGAUGAUACUUUUGUCAUGCUGAAUGGGUUCGGCAUUGUCGUGAAUGCUCUGGGGGUUCGCGCGAAGAACUAUCUGCCGCAGAUUUGUGGUACGAUCAAGUGGCGGCUGAAUAAUAAGCCAGCUAAAGUGCGCAUGCAGGCGGCUGAUUUGAUUAACCGUAUUGCUGUGGUUAUGAAAACGUGUGACCAGGAACCACUGAUGGGGCACAUGGGUGUCGUUCUGUACGAAUACCUUGGCGAAGAGUACCCGGAGGUUUUGGGUAGCAUUUUAGGUGCACUGAAGGCUAUUGUGAAUGUGAUUGGUAUGAAUAAAAUGACGCCGCCCAUCAAGGACCUGCUCCCACGCCUGACCCCUAUUCUUAAGAAUCGUCAUGAAAAGGUUCAGGAAAACUGUAUUGCUGAGGGAACAAUGGUUGCCAUGGCUGAUGGGACGUCCAAGCCUAUCGAAUCCCUCGUCAAGGGCGACCACGUAAUGAGCCCUCGCGUUACGAACGACAAUUCUGUCGUUGCCGACCUGGACAUGGUGUGUACGCGUGUCCUUGAUAACGGGGAGCGUGAAUGUGUGGAGCUUAAGUUUGAGGACGGUCGUGAGCUUGUCUGCACACCAGACCACCGGCUGCUGCGUUUUGACGGAAAAUGGCAGUCUGCGGGAGAAAUUCCAAUCGGUCAUCAGAUAUCAGUUGCAUCUAAAGAGGAAGCCAUUGCUGUGUUGGGCGAGCUUUCUGUUAAGGUUGUGGGGCUUCGUGUUGUUCAGCGACGCAGCGUCGGUAUUAAGCGCGUCUUUGACCUUACUGUUCCUGGCAACGACGCUUUUUUUGCGGCUGACGUUGCUGUCCAUAACUGUAUUGAUUUGGUAGGUCGUAUUGCCGAUCGUGGUGCAGAUCUGGUAUCGGCUCGUGAAUGGAUGCGAAUUUGUUUCGAGCUGCUGGAUAUGCUGAAGGCGCACAAGAAGGGUAUUCGUCGUGCUGCCGUCAACACAUUUGGCUACAUUGCUAAGGCAAUUGGUCCGCAGGACGUUCUGCACACUCUGCUGAACAAUCUGAAGGUGCAAGAGCGACAAAACCGCGUGUGUACGACAGUAGCUAUCGCCAUUGUCGCCGAAACCUGUUCACCAUUUACUGUAGUUCCAGCUCUGAUGAAUGAAUAUCGUGUGCCAGAGUUGAAUGUGCAGAACGGUGUACUGAAGGCAUUUUCGUUCAUGUUCGAGUAUAUUGGUGAAAUGGGCAAGGACUACAUUUACGCGGUGGCACCGCUGCUACAGGACGCACUGAUGGACCGUGACUUGGUACAUCGCCAGACUGCUUGCACUACAGUAAAGCAUUUGGCACUGGGUGUUGCUGGCUUGGGCUGUGAGGAUGCGCUGGUACACUUGCUCAACUUUGUGUGGCCCAACAUUUUCGAAACAUCUCCGCACGUGAUCAAUGCCGUUUUUGAAGCCGUGGAAGGCUGUCGUGUGGCACUGGGUCCGCACGUGAUCCUGCAGUACGUUUUGCAAGGUCUGUUCCACCCGGCGCGCCGUGUACGUGAGGUGUAUUGGAAGAUCUACAAUUCGCUGUACAUGUACUCGCAGGAUGGUUUGACUCCCGCUUACCCGAUGCUUGAGGAUGACGGUGUGAAUGCUUACAACCGCACAUAUUUGGAGCUAUGCAUCUAG